CCGUGUCGCGCCGCGCAGGCGCCAUGCCCGCCCUCAGGCCGCUCGUCAAGCCGCGCAUCGUCAAGAAGAGGACCAAGAAGUUCAUCCGGCACCAGUCCGACCGCUAUGUCAAGAUCAAGCGCAACUGGCGCAAGCCGAGGGGCAUCGACAACAGAGUCCGCCGGCGCUUCAAGGGUCAGAUCUUGAUGCCAAACAUCGGCUACGGGAGCAACAAGAAGACCAAGCACAUGCUGCCCACGGGCUUCAGGAAGUUCCUGGUCCACAAUGUCAAGGAACUCGAGGUGCUCAUGAUGAGCAACAAGUCCUACUGCGCCGAGAUCGCCCACAACGUGUCCUCCAAGAACCGCAAGGUGAUCGUGGAGAGAGCCGCCCAGCUUGCCAUCAAGAUCACCAACCCCAACGCCAGGUUGCGCAGCGAGGAGAACGAGUAAAGGCUUCUUGCAGCGAGAUGUAUUUAAUAAAAAGUAA